CACUCAAUUAAAAAAAAUAAAAAAAUCCUCUAAUUUGUUGCUCAAAUUCAAAUAGUCUCUCAAACUCCUAGUCUCACAAUUCACAAAGAGUUAAAAGAAGAAGCAGUAUAAUAGCUAUUCAGUAGCUUAAGCUAAAGUGUAAAAGUUACCGACUUAAUCUGUACUAGAGAAAAUGGGAAUUGUAUGCCCCGAUGAAAGCAAGAGGAUAGAGAUCGAGGAAUUUCGCCGGAUGUUGCUAUCUUACGCAGCGGUGCACCGGACAAAAGCCGCCGCCGCCGCCGCCGCCGCCGACGACGACGAAUUCCGCAAUCCACAGCAGUUGCCCACUGCAGUUCAACAGAACCGUGAGCUUGAAGAGAAGAAGGUAUGCGUCACCAGUGGCGUAUCCUUCCUCGGUAUUGCUAUCGUAAACCAACUCUUACUCCGUGGAUACUCUGUACGAGUCAUUGUCGAAAAACAAGAGGAUCUGGAAAAGCUAAGAGAGAUGGAAAUUACUGGAGAAAUGAGACAGUCCAAGAGCAGCACAGUAGAGGCAGUAAUGGCAAAUCUAAAUGAUGUGCAAAGCCUAUCAGAAGCAUUCAACGGUUGUCGUGGCGUCUUCCACACUGCUGCCUUUGUGGACCCUGCUGGCCUAUCUGGAUAUUCAAAAUCAAUGGCUGAAGUAGAAGUGAUGGUAAGCAAGAAUAUGACUCAGGCAUGUGCUGUAACACCCUCAGUCAAAUAUUGCAUGCUCACAUCCUCACUUUUAGCCUGUGUAUGGAAAGAUCUUAAUUCAUCAACAACAAUUGAUAAUGAUAGCUGGAGUGAUGAGUCUAUCUGCAUAAACAAGAAGUUAUGGUAUGCGUUGGGUAAGCUGAAGGCAGAAAGAGUAGCGUGGAACGUAGCUAAGGAGAGUGGAUUCAAGUUGGCUACUAUUUGUCCUGGUCUAGUAACUGGUCCUGAUUUCCUCAGCAGGAAUCCAACCUCUACCAUUGCCUAUCUUAAAGGAGCCCAAGAAAUGUUCAGAAAUGGACUCUUGGCGACAGUGGAUGUUAAUAGAUUAGCAAUAUCACACGUCUUGGUAUUUGAGGAGAUGAAAAACACAGCUUCUGGCAGAUAUAUUAGCUUUGAACGAGUAAUUAGAAGUGAAGAAGAUUUUGAAAAAUUGGCAAGAGAAACAGGAACAGAAAUUAGAACGAGUACAAACUCCAUAAUUGGUGCAUCCAAUACUCAUAGGAUUGGUAUUAAAUUAUCAAAUGCAAAGCUUUGCCGUUUAAUGUCUGCAACAUUUAGAUGUAAUAGUUAGCGCUAGCUCCCGUCAAUAAACUCAAUACUCUGCCUCUAUCAAAAUUUUGGGCGCGCAGCAAGUAAAUGUAUAAUCCUAAUUAGAUUGGUGAGUAAGGAGAAGAUUCUAACUGGUUAUUCCAAAUGAAACAAAAUGUACGAGCCUUAUACUUUCAGGAAACUACCCUAUUCAAUUCAAAUUAAUUACCCGUUUUUACCCAUGCUAGUAGAGUGCAGAUGGAAAAGGGAACAUUGUCGACCCUAAAGAAGAGGAAACAUAGCCGCGGUUCUCAAGCUUAGGGGAGGAAAUAGUUUUGUUGUAGUUAGAUUGUGUGGCCAAUACAAAGAAAAUGAAUAUGCUGGGAGAUUGGAUAAUAUAGCUCCCACAAAGAUAGUAGAUCAGUUUGGGCUAGGGAAGUUAAAGCAGGACGUCUGGUGUGAUAAGAGUUACAUAAAAUGCACAAUAUGUGGUUCAUGCUCCGAUUUCCUCAGAAUUUGUCUUCAUUCGCUAGUCAACACUUAUAUUUCGUUCUAUUAGCUCCUUCAAAAAAUCUUAGGUAAUAUAUUAUGUGUAUGUCUUUCAGCGUUUGUUUCCAAGGUGCAUAAUACCUUCCUUUGUUAGGUAUGAGAGUCAAAUAUGCAAAAGAGGUAUCAAGCCAUGCUUCUCAUAAGUGCUAAAUUAAGGACUAUAGCU